AAAUAUACAUCUCAGAAAUACCAGAUAAAAAAUAAAAUAACAAAACAAAACAAAACAAAACGAAAAAAAAUAAAACAAAAGACUCGAAAAAAUAGAGAAACCUUGUUCUCUCCUUUCCAAUUUAAAAUUCAAUUCAUUUUUUCUACCUCUUUAAAUUAAAAACGCACACGGUUAUUUUCCCACUACCUAUUUUCCCUCCCUCUCUCUCUCGCUCUUUCAAACUCCACACUUUAAUAUACAUUACAAAAUGAACUUUCUCGGUCUCUGGGCUCGUGGAAUGACCUCCCGACCGAAUCGUCGCGGGCUCGAUUCCAUAGCCAUUAACAAUUCAGCCACGGACGGCAGCAGCCCAACUAACCGCAAUGCCGGGGGCACCUGCUCAGUACAAUACCAACUCCGGCAAUACGCCGAAACCACCCUGGGCAAAGCCAGUCUCCACGAGGCUGUACUAAAACCCGAAGGCGAAUCCCUCGACGAAUGGGUAGCCUGUCAUAUUGUUGAUUUCUAUAACCACAUUAAUAUGCUAUUUAUGUCGAUUUCCCAUCAUUGUACGGAUGAGACUUGUCCGCAGAUGUGCGCUGGCGAGGCGUAUACUUAUAGGUGGAGGGAUGGUGCGGAGUAUAAGGAGCCGACCGCGGUUUCGGCUAACUUGUAUGUGAAGCUGUUGAUGAAGUGGAUUGAUGGUCAGUUGGAUGAUACUAGGCUGUUUCCGGUGGAUUUGGCGGUGGGCUUUCCGCUUAAUUUUAGGACUGAUGUGGCGACUCAGAUUUUAAAACGCAUGUUGAGGGUUUACGCCCAUCUGUAUUGGCACCAUUACCCGCAGAUAUGCCAGGUUGGCUUGGCCACUAUGCUUAAUACGAGCUUCACCCACUUUACACUGUUCGUCACAAAGUACAAGCUCGUCAACGAUACCGAACUCCAGGCUGUCAAAGACGUUAUCAAGAUUCUCGCGUAAUUCUCGUGGGCUUUAUUUGAAAAAGGAAAAAAAAGAAGAAAAAAAGGUCCAUCCAAUUUUAUUUUAUUCAACCACUAAAUACAAAAUAUAAAUCCACAAUAUUAAUUAUCC